CUCACUCACACUUACAAACGUAAUCAAAUCGUUCGAUGAGUAUUGUCUUCCUCGUAAAAACGUCACUAUCGAAGCGUUUAAAUUUAAUACAAUUACGCAGAAGGAAAAGCAGUUGUUUACCGACUUCGAGACAGAGUUACGCACACAAUUACAAUAUUGUGAAUUUAAAUGUCAUGAAUGUCAAACUUCAUACGCUGAACGGAUGCUUCGCGAUAGAAUUAUCAUUGGAAUACAUGACAAGAAUCUCCAACUGAAACUUCUUGAUGGGAGAGAUCAACCAACGUCGAAAAUUAUUGAAACGUGUAAAGCUUUCGAAGCCGCCUCGGAGAAUAAGAAUGUUCUCGACCGCAAGCCGUUUGAAGUAAAAUCUGUGGAACAUCGAUCAAGUGAACAACAGGAAGUGGUUGCUGCCGUCUCACGCAAACUUUGCUACAACUGUGCAAAACCAUUCACCCAGAGUCAUCGCAGUAGGUGCCCAGCUGUUAACGUGAAAUGCUUUUCAUGUGGAGGAAUGGGCCACUUCAGCAAAUGCUGCCGUCAGAAACGAAGUAAGGAGGAUAACAUCGAGAAGCAGUUGUCGAAACAGGGAUCACUGGAAAAGAAGAAAUCAAUUUUCACGGUAAAUUGGAGUGACGCAGAAUAAAUUCUAACAACCACGAGAGCGAGCACAUCAAAGGAUGACGCAAAACAUAUCAAAUUGGGAACACAGAUGUACAGUUUAAGUUAGACACUGGUUCGGAUGUAAACUGUAUCCCGAUAAAUGUAAUAAAAAAUAUUCACGAUU